GAUGAAGACAAGUGGAGCGACUCUGAAAGAAGAUUGAGCAGUCUUGCACCUGAACACUGCCACCGUUUCCGAAUGAAAGCUGCUUCUUUCAACUUAUGGGUUCUCACCUUUAAAGACUUAUUGAAUUGCUCCUGCUGCACUGGAAAAAAGAUGGAGAACAACACCACUGUUUGUCAGGAUAUCGCUCGCGUUGUAAAUCUGACAGCGAUGCCUCUCAACUCUGUUAAAGAACAAGUUAUAACCAUAUUUUUGACGAUGCUCAUUUGUGGCAUUGGGAUUGCUGGGAAUGUCAUGGUCGUGCUUGUUGUCUUGCGCACCAAACACAUGGUGACGCCAACAAACUGCUACCUGGUCAGCUUGGCCGUUGCAGAUCUUAUUGUGCUUCUGGCUGCAGGCCUGCCGAAUAUCUCAGAUGUAUUAGCUUUCUGGAUUUACGGCUACACAGGAUGCCUGUGCAUCACUUAUCUUCAGUAUUUGGGCAUCAACGUGUCCUCGUGCUCCAUCACAGCAUUCACCAUUGAGCGCUACAUAGCAAUUUGUCACUCCAUAAAGGCACAGUUCAUAUGCACGGUUUCCCGGGCCAAAAGGAUCAUAGCUGGAAUCUGGAUCGUCACUUCCAUCUACUGCACAAUGUGGUUCUUCUUGGCAGACACUAAAGAAACCAUCUACACCAAUGGGGUGGUUGUUACAUGUGCCUACCGUGUCUCAAGGAGCCUCUACAUGCCAAUCUACUUCCUGGACUUCACUCUUUUUUAUGUGGUCCCUCUCAUUGUAGCCACUGUGCUAUACGGGCUCAUUGCAAGAAUUUUGUUCAUGAGUCCUCUACCGUCACAUCUAAACGACCAAGCAGGAGGAGGAUCGGUUCAUCAGAGUCACUCCCACAGCACCAACAAGGCCAACAAGGGAGCAGUUACUGCAAGAAAACAGAUAACAAAGAUGCUGGCUGUGGUGGUGGUCCUCUUUGCUUUGCUAUGGAUGCCUUACCGAACGUUGGUGGUGGUAAACUCCUACAUCGACCCUCCUUACCACAACACCUGGUUCCUCCUGUUCUGCCGGAUGUGCAUCUAUACCAACAGCGCCAUCAACCCCAUCAUUUAUAACCUCAUGUCUCAGAAGUUCCGUGUUGCAUUCAAAAAGCUCUGUAGGUGCAGCUGUCAUGGCAGGGAGGCAGAUUACAAUGUGCCGAUUUAUUACAGUGUGAUGAAAAAUUCUUCCCAUGGCAGCAACGAGCCGGUUACGGAGCAGGAGGACCUCAGCGGUCAAACAUCCAACAGGUUUAACUUAACUGAAGAUGAUGCAAGAGCGCUCAGUAGUUCUUAAUAAAGCCAUGAUGAACUUUUGUGCAUGAAACAUUGUUUAUACAUAUUCCUUAUUUAUGUAGUUUUAAAAUGAAAGUUUGGCACAAAACAUGUAUGUAGGUUUAUGUAUGUUUCCUGUUCUUUCUAAUAGUUAAAAAGAUGUGUGUAUUUUCUUGAUCAACAGGUUAGUGUUACUGUGGAAAUGGACUGAAUUUAUAUAGUGCUUGUCUAGUCAUACCGACCCCUCAAAACGCUUUACACUAGAGCCCCAUUCACCCAGUCACCAGUACGCGGAUGGGUAAGCAACUUAAGAAUUAAGUGCCUUGACCAGGGGCACAUCAAUGUUUGACAUUAGGAAUCUGGAAUGAACCGAUAAACAGAUUGUAAAACAACUACUCUAGCAGUAUUUAAUAUACUCAUUUAUACUCUAAAUACAAAUCACUACUCCGGGCCAAGCUUUUGUGUUUUCUAUACCUGCUUUGAGGGGCAAAGUGGCAUUUCAAUAUCUUCUUCUUUUAGCUUGUUGUUUAUUAGGGAUCAGUCACCAUUUAACUGCUUAUUUGAAAUGCUCCAGGUUAGACACUCUGUUGACAUGGACUAAUUUGAACAAAGGAGGAUUUUAUUUCAGCCAGACCCAUAUCAGAAAUUACAGAUCAAUGCAUCACAUCUGAGGGGGAUCAACGCUGAUUGUGGAGAGAUUCUCCGUUGAUCUAGGCAGCCUCUCCUAAUAGGUGUACAGGCAGCACAGACACACAAUUUCCGAUAUUUGGCUUCGUUACCUCUAGGCAUACAGCUCCAGCUACAAUCAGUCUUUUCUACAGGCCCAUUCCAUGCAUUUUUUCACAUUGAUCAGGCGGUAUCUUUGACUGUCUUCAAGCAUGUUCAGGCAUUCACAACUUGUUGUUUUUGGUCCCUCUCAGCAUAUGGCUUUGACCUAUAAAUGUGCUCCAAGUCCAACCUGAGAACUAGUGCGUUAUCAGACACUACAAGAUGUUCUUUGAGGUGUCACCACAGUGGAUCACCUGUGUCCAUUUCACCCCUAUCCUCCUUUUGUGACACCCCUAUCGUCUAAACAAAAUCUGGUGCAACCAGUCAUAUCCUUAUGUCACAUUAUUAUUAAAUAGAGCCCAUCUUAAAAACUACCAAGACAUGCCUAUUAACCUAAAUUGACAAGUUGGGCAAGGAGAGCAUCACUCAGAGAAGCAGCUAGUUACCCAUAGCAACUCUGGAGGAGCUACAGGAGAAAGAAUCUGUUAAUUGCACCACUGUUAGUCCAUUGAUCCUUAGGCCAUUAAAGCAGUAAACAGAUUCUCUCAUCUGAGCUGUGGACCUGGUAACUGGAAUAAUGUUAGUCACAACUAACUGCCAUGAUCCAUGUAAAUGACAGUAAACAUGUGGAAACAUGUGGAAAUGGGUGAGAUUAGACCAAAUCAGACCUUUUGGCCUACAUGAAAAACACGAUGUGUGGGCCUGAACUAGAGGGUGACACGGGAGUGGAUUUUCUCUCCUGUCCCAUCCCGCUCCCACAGAAAAAUGUCUCGUCCCAUCCCACUCCUGGUAAAUUGACUCCCACUCCUGUGACUCUCCCAUUU